CUUAAAUUAAACAAUAUAUAUAUUGUUUAAUUAUAUCAAAAUAUAUAUAUACUGACACUAAUAAUAACAAUGCAUACUUUAGGAUAAAAGCAAUAAUAGGCUAUAAAUGCAACAUUUUAAAUGAUUUUCCUAGGUAACAAACUCUCAGGCACCUCACCGCAUAUUGAAAGACGCCAAAAGUUGUUUUAAAGAGCCACAAAGUCACUGUCGACCAGGUAAAUGAACAGUUCCGAUGUUACAGCAAAUGUUACCAGAUCGUUUUCGUGUAUGAAAUACUGUCCUCAAUGAGAUGCGUCUGGAAAUAUAACGGCAAAAUCCUGCAUUUCAAUCCUAGCCCGUCAAGACCCAAAUAAUUUACGCUCCUAGGGCCGGGCAUCUGUGCACAAGCGCUACUCCUCACUUUACGAUCUGGACCGAAGCACACUUACAUUAUUAUGAUGCGACUGUUUUGAGUUAAACGGUAAGAAAAGCGCACACUCUCUCAUCACAACACAAUGUUAAGUUUGUGAUUUAUUAAGUGUUCGACUUCAUGCGUGUGUUGCGGAGACCCAUCUGCUUAAGUAACACGAGAGCUUUUCAAAUAACUCUGCGACACUGCAUAAUGUCCGACAAACCUAAUAUUUGAAGCAGUUUGAGACGCACAGUAAAACAUGUCUGCAUGUGAUCGUGUCACACGUACCGGAAGUUUUUUUCCACGAAGGAGAGGAGCUUAAGGAGGAAUUUAAACAAUGGCAUGAGUUCAAAUAAAAAAAUCUGCAUGCCGGGCCUGAGUCACAAACAAUCAUACUCCAAACAUUUUUCUAAAUUAACUUUAAAAAGAAACGAAACGAAAUAAAUGUAAUUUGCCAUUAAAAACUAAUCUAAACUAUUUUAAUGGCUGAAAACGGUCUCAAAAUUUACAUCCUGCAUUCAAACUGUGCCACAGCCUGCCUGAGUAAACAAAAAUACUCCAAACAUGUUUCCUCAUUAAAUCAUUUUAUGAAGAAAUUAAACGAAAAGUUUGAAUUAUUUAAAAAACCUGUGUUGUUAUUAUUAGCCUAAAACAAAUGUGGCUGUGUGUUUUUGGCUUCAUCUUCACUCUCUCACUUUCUGCUGACAUGACAAUGACGUAGUUUAGAGCGGCUUUAAUGCGCCUUCAUUUACACUAAACCUGAGCCGCAUCAGAGUCGCCUUCGAUACUAGGGUCUGAGGAGGGUCAGAGGCGGCAUAUUUUAGAUCGGCUUUCGUGCGGCAUUGCGUCGUUACACAGAAAUUUAAUCCGCCACAGAGACGCCUUAACUCGCCUGUGUAAAGACGCCUUAAUGCGCACGGCAGCCGCAGUACCACGCACGUGACGUCACGUUUGCUCCUGUUCAGUCAGCACGCAUGAAAGGGGUAGAGGGUUGGAGAUGAAACUCACAAACUAGUAAGUAAAACGUGGUUUAUUGUAUGAUAAAAUUUAUCGUAUCAAACUCUAAUACGGGUUGGCUAACUGAGAUUAAGCUAGUCGCUAAGGCAUUGGAUUUUAAUUUUUCUGCUGCUCAUACUCGCAUUUUGAUCGAUCACUAUACAUGUUUGGUUAAUACAUUACUCCAUCAGCUGAUCUUUAAAUUGUUGGAUUUGCAGUUUUUGGCAUCUAUUACUAUCAUAUUUUUAUAGUCAAAUAUAUGUAGAACAGUUAGCGAAUUAGCAUGUAUCAAUCAAACACUGAAAAUAUUAGUAAAUUAAAUUAGAAAUUAAAUAAUAACUUUAUAUGAUCCCAGUAGUGUUAAUGGCAAUGCCAAAACUCUUAACCAUUAGAUUCAGGCAUAAUACAUUUUUUAAAUGUGCCACCCUAAGAUUUGUACUGGCCCCUUUGUGCCACACCAUAAAAAAAAUCCUGGGGACGCCACUGGCAUUGUUUUUUCAAGAAGACAUUUGGUUGAAUUAAUUAAAGUUAAAUCAAUAAAAGUAAAAAACGCAAAUACAUUCAACAAAAAAGUAAUCCCUGCCCCUUGUGACGUUAAAUAAGCGUCUUAUAAAUCAGAUCUGUGCAAGAAACUGAACGCUAUUAUCACAUCUUCGGAUGAAAUCCGAUCGCAUUCAUGUGCCGCCCACGCACUUAUAGGGCAGAGCCUUUGUAUAGUGCGAGUUCUGGGGGGAGAUGAACAGCUGUUUUUCGUAAAUAUAACCGUUAUACAUAAUGAAUGCAGUAAUAAAAACAACACCGUUUCCCCUUAUCUGAGACAACCGUUCACGUGGUGUACCCUUUCUACAGUUAGCCUACUUUCAAGGGCAGAAAACGCGUUUUAGCACACGACCUAUCGCGUGCGCGAUUGCCUGUGGCUGUGCAAUGCAUUGCUGAUUAUAACGUUGUAAAUAACAUUAAGUUUCUUGGACUGACCGAUCAAAUCGCUUUAUAAGACGUAAAUCAUUAUGAGCCGCGGGAAUUAUGUAGCAGCGUUUUGGGCUUUUAAAGAUGUGGCGUCUCAGGAGGACGUGCAUUUAAAGCACACCGUUCUUAAAGUCUCUCCACUUAUUUGAAAUGUUAAGGCGGGCCAGGUAAAGAUGAUUGACGGGCCGCCAGUUGACUAGCCCUGCUGUACACGAAUAAGAGCGUGAUUACAUACUGUAACGCUAGACAAAGAAUGUCAAAACAAACGGAUGCUGCUUUAAUUGCUUUAAAUAUUUUUCACGCGUUAAUUUGAAAAAAUUAAUCGCAUGUUAACUUGACAGCCCUAUUUAUUACUAAAGUGGACCAUUAUUAUAGUAUUCUUUGUCUUUAGCCUGAAUAAAACUUCGGAAGUUUCAGAAAAUAGCACACCAUUUUUGUACCACUUUUAUGGUGCCUUUUUAAAUUUGGAGUUCUAUAGCCCUUCUACAUUCAUUAAAUAAAAUAAGACUGGCCAUGAAGACAGUUAAGGUCACACAGGGUUAAAAUGACAUGAUGAUGAACUAUAACAGAAUUUCUGGUUGAACGAUACCUAUAAAGAAAGUUUUAAUACGGUUGUAUUGUUAUCUUUAGCUAAUUUUUAUGUUUUUAUAUUUUUACAUACCCUACGAGAACAGUGCGUAAAUUGCAUUCAAUCGAUGAACUUUGUGCCGAAUUGCCCUUACAAGCUCUGAAUGUGUAAAUGAGAUUUUUUAUUUAACUGUGGUUAAUUUUGUGUGUGUGUGUGUGUGUGGAGAUAUUGAUAAUGGAGGGACAUAAAGUGAUGCUCAACAUUUCUCUUGUCAUGUCCCUAAUGGGUCCUUUAAAAGUAAUUCUACAGUUCAUGGCUUUGAUUUUCUCGUAACCAUCCAUAUUCUGCUGUGACGCACAUAGCAUCGUGUCAGGUAUCCUUUCUACUCCACUCAGCAGUAGCAUUGAUGGUGAUGAUACAGAGCUGUAUAUGAAGAUAAACUAUAAAAUUUAAGUGUCGCAAUGUUAUAAAAAAGACAAGAUGGUGCAAUCACAUUUAUUGUGCCCAAAUUUAACUUAGUUUUUGCCCACCCUUUUCCUUUUAUGCGUUUGCUUUUGGACACUGACCCCAUAAAACAUUUGCAGCUAGUUAAUUUUUUAUUUUUUAACUUUUUCUUCUAAAUUUUAUAGGCACCGGCAGAUAUUAAAACCCUGCCUCGGCUUGUAAAAGUCCAUGAGUUUCUUGUCACAUAGAGAGAGGGAUUAGUGGGGUAUUAAGUUGGAGUAUUUUAAAAAAUGUAUCAGACUUAAAACGCAGAACUGGACUUUUAAAGCAUUUUCUCCAAAUCAUCCUCUCAGAAGACAGAACCAUCAUCUCCUCCAAUUGGAAUCCACACUUUCGACCUGUUUCUUGAUUCCCUUCCCGUAGGAGCCUACGUUUGAUUUUUCAGCAUUUCAUUCGAACUCACUUUAAUCAACAUGUGCACCCCACAGCCCAUCUGCCCUGUCAAUGCCACCAUCUGCUCAGGCAGGUCCUGCCUGGUGCCCCUUAGUAACUUCAAUGAGAUCCUUGGGGUGGUAAUGAGUACUGUGCUGACCGUCAUGCUGGCCAUGGUCAUGUUUGCAAUGGGCUGCACUGUCGAGGUUAAAAAACUAUGGGGGCACAUCCGCAGGCCCUGGGGCAUUUUCAUCGGAUUCUUGUGCCAGUUUGGCAUCAUGCCUUUCACUGCCUUUGCACUUGCUCUGGCAUUCAAUGUGCUACCCAUCCAAGCUGUGGUCAUUAUCAUCAUGGGUUGUUGCCCUGGAGGGUCCAGCUCGAAUAUUAUCUGCUAUUGGCUCGAUGGAGACAUGGAUCUAAGUAUCAGCAUGACCGCAUGUUCUUCAAUCCUGGCGCUGGGCAUGAUGCCUCUCUGUUUGCUCAUCUACACCUCCGUCUGGACAUCAGCCGAGACUCUCCAGAUCCCUUAUGACAGCAUCGGCAUCACGCUAGUGAGUUUACUUGUGCCUGUCGGUUUCGGAAUGCUUUUGAAAAGCAAGUGGCCCGAAAUAGCUAAAAAAGUCCUCAAAAUCGGAUCUGUGGUAGGAAUCAUAUUCAUUAUAGUGAUUGCAGUCAUAGGUGGUGUGCUGUAUCAGUCCUCAUGGGUCAUUUCACCUUCGCUUUGGAUUAUCGGCACCAUUUAUCCCUUUAUUGGCUUUGGUCUAGGCUUUCUGUUGGCUCGCUUUGUGGGACAACCUUGGUACAGGUGUCGCACCAUUGCAUUAGAAACAGGAAUGCAGAACGCCCAGCUUUGCAGUACUAUAACCCAGCUGUCCUUCAGUCCUGCUGAUCUUGAACUCAUGUUCGCCUUCCCCUUAAUCUACAGUAUCUUUCAGAUAGUUGUGGCCGGGAUUAUGGUGGGAGUGUAUUACUCAUUCAAGCACUAUGGUCCGAAGAGUUCAUUGGAAAUGGAUGGGGAAAGUGCAGAAAGCACAAAUGAACCCGGAUCUGUGAAAGAUAAGCAAGCUUAUGCUUUGGACAAUAGUGUCUUUCAGUGUGAUGAGAAUGGCAACACUGAGGAAAAAGGCAAAGGUACGCAUCUGUGAUCUAGCCCAUUAAUCCAUCCUCACAGUAGCCCGUUUGAGCUUCCCUGACUGAAACGGCAUGAACUGCGAGUUCACACAGCAUACAAUUUAUCUUCAUGCAAUCUACUUUGAUUAAUAAUAAUAAUAAAAGUCAAUCCCGUAACAUAAAAGUCUAACAAACAAAUGCAACAGGUUCGCUCAUGUUUACAAACACAAAGCUACGUUGUCGGUGUAUGGCGUGUGUUUUUUUCCAUUGAGCCCAAAGCAUGCAGGUAACUUCAAAUUGAAUGUUCAAGAGAAGUUGAAAUCCUUAUUUAAAGAAAACAUACAGUGUGUGUGUAUAUAUAUAUAUGCAUGAUUAAAUGUCAAGGUAAUUUAUUCAAAUGUUAUUUUCAAUUUUGUUAUUUUUACUUAUAUACAAAUUACAAUGGGCCUUUUGCAAAAGAUUUUUGCUUUCUAUAUUAUUUAUACAUUAGAAACCUAUGUACAAUGUUUAAGAAUACAAGCAAUGGAAGUUUUUUUGGAAGUAUUAAUUGUUUUAAAGCAAGCAUUUCAAGAA